AAAAGAGGGAUCUUUGCCGGCGCCGCCUCCUCUUGCACUCGUGCCCGCCGUGCAGUCUUGAUCCGCCGGCGCACUUGCCUUCCAGCCCGCCUCUCUCCAUCGAGAUCCGCCCCACGUUCAGAGGUACCUCCCUCCCCGCCCGGUUCCCUUCUCCGCCUCUCUCUCCCCUGUCCAACACCUCCGUUGCCGAGUCUAGCUUGGACGAACAUCAACCGAAGCUGCAGAAGGGAUCCUGAUUGGAUUGGUUUAAGGGGGAAAAUAAGACAGGUACAAAAUUUUCAGCGUAGGUGUCAAAUCCCCAGCAGAGUUCACGGUACCAGUAACGGAGGAGAUAUUAUGGGUGUUUUGGAGAGCUAGUCCAGAACUGUGAUGGCUUGGAUCGUUGACCUUAACUAAUUACUAGAUUGUACUGUUCGCAAUCUAAAAAAGACCAAGUCAUUACUCGUUGAAAGGAUUAGAGUGCAUCAGCCAUGAUUACUGUGAUAAGAAGCUUCAGUUUUCAAUGGUCGCUGUGCAAAAGGAAUUUUGAUAUUUAAGGGAUGUAUCUAUGUAGCGCGCUGCACAACUUCAGAUUUGUACACAGCUCUGAAUUUGAUUGCUGUGUCAACUAAUUUACAUUGUGCUGGAGAGCUACAGCGACUAUCUUUUGUGCUCUCUUGCUAGUUUGUUGCUAUGUAGUAGUACGUUGUUGUUUCAGAGCUACCUCAAAUAUUAUUGUUUCAUGCUUCUAGUAUGCUAAUCUUCACAUAAUGUUUUUCAUGGCUUUGUUCUGUUUUCCUUGAUGAGUAUAGUGUAUAGUUUUAUCUGUAUUGCAUCAUCGUUUUUCGGACUGAAGGAACUCUGAGACCGCUGGACGUGAUUCGAUCCCUCCUAUUGGUAAGUAUUUUUUCCGUCUUCCCGUUUCUUUUCAUCUUUUUGUAGUCGACGAUCAACCAGAUCUCGUUGUGUUGUCCUUUCUUCUUUUAUUACUAAUAGAAGUCAGUUUCUAAUGGAGUACUCGUUACUUAUAGCAGUCGGUUUCCUUUGUGAUUUUUCAUGUGUUGAUUGCAUCUCAGACCUCGACUGGGCGUUGAAGAUGCAUAGCAGCAGGGCAGAGGAUAUCACGCCUAGGGAGGUCAAGAAGAGGAGGAGAAUUCACAUGGCCAAUGCACGAGAUGGUUGCGGGGCGUCGAUUCCGUAUGAGAUGAUCAUAGAGGUGCUGCAGUGGCUCCCCGUCAAAUCUAUCUUCCGCUUCCGGGCAGUUUGUCGCUCCUGGGAGGCGCUACUCUCCUCCGAUGAAUUCCGCUGCCUCCAUAUGGCAGCAGCUAAGGAUGCAAGGCGGCGGGCACCACCACCCAAGCUGCUAUACAUCUCACCUACCACCACAUUCGACUCCACCGCGGUCUACUCGUGCUCCUUCUCGCCAUCAUCAUCAUCUAGCCGCCCCAGAGAUCGCGGGGACCUACUGUUCACCAUCGAUGGCGCCCGUGGCAACUGUGUGGAAGUAGUGACCCCCGUGCCAUGCCACGGCCUCACCCUCCUCUACGACGCUGUCGGCGCAGCUUUCUACAUCUGCAACGCGGCAACACGAGCUGCUACGCGUCUGCCAGCGUCCACUGAGGAACGAGCAUCCAGAUCCGCUGCUGGGCUGGGGUUUGAUGCCCGCACAGAUGAGUACAAAGUGGUGAGGUUGAUCAAUGGGUUGUCUUAUCAGAAGGACAUGGUGAGGUGUGAAGUUUACACGCCUGGAGGCCGCUUUGGAGAUCGCUGGAGGCCGCCCGCCGGAGGAGUACCCUCCAGCUUGCAUCAGUUUGUAUAUGCUGCUGUUACAAAUGCGGAAUUGAACAAAUUACCUCCUGUGUUUGCCAACGGUUGCCUUCACUGGUUGAUGAGACCUGCCUCUUUCAUCACGACUCCAAGUGUUGCCAUCGUGUCCUUCUCGGUGGCAGAAGAGACCUUCACAUGUCUCCGGUCCCCGCCCUUCUGGGUACCAGGAGCGCCGCCAAACAGGUAUGGGUUGUCCAAAGAGCAACUAGUGGAGAUGGAUGACCAACUAUGUUUGGUCCGAGAUACUCGCAACACAAUCCUUUAUGUUAACGUUUUGGAGAUCUGGAAACUGCCAGACUAUAGCUCGGGUGACUGGUUACUGAGUCAUCGGAUCAAUUUGUCGAGCCACCUGGCAAGAGAUUUACGCGAAUCAGAAAUUCUGAGAGUCAUUGGGUGUUUUGGCAUCACUUCCAGGUCGCCAAGGAAGAAGAUAGUCAUCACUACGAGCAAGCACAAGAUUUUCGACAAGUAUCAGAAAAUGGUUCACACCUAUGACCCUAGGUCCGAAGCUCUAGAAACCAUUCUUUCAAUCACGGAGACGCACUCAACUCCAUAUUAUGGGCCCCCAAGUUCAAGGUUUAGUUUCAUUCAAGACACCCUUGCUCCUGUGCAUAAAACAGAUGAAGAGAUAGCCUUGUCAUCUGAGCUGGCUAAGGUGACUGGAGAGAUCCUACUCCACCUCCCAGCUAAAGCAGUGAUACACUCCAAAUUUGUGUGCAAGCAGUGGUUCAGAUUGAUUGAGAGUGACAAAUUCAUUCAGUCAUACUUUCAGCAUAAAAACAUGGACAAAAGACUUAAGGUCAUGCUUGUGGUCAAGGGCACUGGACAAUUGGGCUUCAGUUUUGCUCCCUUGAAUAAAUGCCUCCAAGAAGCUCCUAGUAACAGUAGAUUACUUGAUACAAAGGUGGUUUGCUCCAAGCCUUGCCAUGGGCUGAACUUGGUAAGCACCGAGACGUACGACUAUCUCUGCAACCCAUGUACAGGUUACCACAUGUUCUACUCGUUGGGGCCAAGUUUGCUGCAGAGAAUGCCUAAAGCAGAAGAGCAUGCUUUCACAGUCGGCAAUAAGAAUACUGGCUUGACUUUCGACCCUUUGACUCAACAACAUGUUAUGGUGGCAAUUUUCUAUCGCCGGAAGGACUUCAAAUCUCGUCAAUAUGACCUGAGAUGCACGUUACGCUGGUGUGACUCUCGGGAUCGCCCCCAACUGAGCUCGGUACCGCCUCUGCCUGUGAAUGACAUGCCACCGGCGUAUGUGGAAGGAAUGCUGUACUGGAUGAGUGAACCAAGGUUGGGACCGAGCUGUGAAUGGAACAUUGUUUCUUUCAACCUUGCUACAAGAAUUUUUGAUGUUGUCACAUGCCCUUCUUGGUUUGCAAGAUGGAAUAGCAGAAACCGCUGUCGUGCAUUUGUUGUUGAGCUCAAGGGACUAUUAUGUGCUGUUCUAGCAGACCCAAUGGCAGAAAAUUUAGAUGUAUGGAAGCUAGAGGAUGGCCAAUGGGGCAGAGCAUUCACAAUUCACCUGGAAGCAUAUCCUGAAUACUCCCUUAAGACAGGUGUCGUGGUGCCAUUAGCUGUUGAUCGCGAUCAUGGGAGGAUCCUGCUCAACACUGGAAGGAAAAUAGGACUGUACGAUCCAGUAGAGCAAGCAAUUCAAAAUUUGUAUUCACUUGAUCAGGUGCCGGUUGUCAGAAGCUGUAGUCCACACCACCAUAAGUUUCUUGAUAUGCCUUCAACUUCAUCAGCGAAUAGUUUGACAUGCUCCAAAGAAGACCCAGCGGCGGAGUUGAAUAUAAUGGACUCUAAGAUGAUUCCUUGUGUUCCAAUGUUAUAUGAGGAGAGCUUGGCAUGUUACACCCGUGUGCCCAAAAAACAAUUGCUGUGGUCAUACAUUUUCAUUGCACCUACCCUUAUAUAAACUAUCUAUGUGUGAUAUCUUGCUUGCAUGUUGGCGAACUGAAACACCAAGCUUUGAUAAUGUAAUAGUAUUGAACAUUUUUUAUUGCGAGUAUAUCAUUUUGCUUUUGAAUUA